GCGAGCAACACAUCAGAACCUUAGCUUUUACCAUCUCCAUUCAACUGCUUUUCCUUCCUCCCCCUCCCCUUUCACCUCCCCCAUUAUCGAUCCUCUUUUACCAGGCGUCUCUGGAUUCUUUUGGCCCGCUCGUGGUCCUGGUGCCGUUCCUCUUCUGCGAGGUUGCAUCCCGACUCAUUUCCAAUUCAGAUCCUUCCUCCCUACCACGAAACCCUUGCGACACCCUCCAUCGUGACCACCUUCCCCGUUUCGCUUCUUUCAUCUCACACAUCCAUUUGACACAAUGUCCGAAGUUCAGAGCCGGUCGUCUGCGCGCGGCAGAGUAUCCACCCGCGGUGGACGUGGUGGUUAUAGCUCCAGAGGUGGCCGUGGUGGAAACAGCAGAGCCGCAAACACCGACAACUCAGACCUUGCCCCCUUCGAUGAGGGUGAAAUUGGACAGAUGAAGAAGAAAUACUCCGACGCUCUGCCCACUCUCAAGGAGCUGUUCCCCGACUGGAAGGAUGAGGAUCUCGUGUUUGCACUUGAGGACUCCAAUGGCGAGAUCGAGGAAGCCAUUGAGCGCAUUACCGAAGGCAAUGUGUCGCAGUGGGGUGAGGUCAAGAAGAAGACCACAGACCGAUCUCGGCCCAAGCCCAAGGAGGUCCAGAGCACCUCGACCGAGUUGACUGGAGCUUCUGCUCGUGGAGGUCGCGGCCGCGGUGGCUUUGAGGGCCGUGGUCGUGCUCGUGGGGAUCGCGGUCGUGGCGGACGUGGAGGACGGGCUGGUGCCCAAACCACGAACGGCGCCCGUUCCGCAGACGUCUCAGCUCCUGCUGCUGCUGCUCCAACAGCCGAGCCCGCACCCGCAUCAGUCUGGGGAGAAGUUGAGACUGAGCCCACAGUGGCAGCUUCAGAGUCGACUGAGCCCAAGACCAGUGUGAUCCCCGAGGGCACAAAGAAGGGAUGGGCCAGUCUCUUCGCCAAACCCCCUCCUCCACCGCAGCCUAAGAAGGCUCCCGAACCCGCUCCCGCCCCUGCUGCCCCCGAGCAGCCUGAAGAGCCCGUUGUUGAGCAGCAGAAGGCCCCCGAACCCGCCCCCGUUCCUAUCCCCGUCCCCGCCCCCGCCGCCGCGCAGAAGACGCCCGUUGCCAAACCCGCCGAAGUCACCGUUCCUGUUAUUCCUCAGGCCACUGUCAAGCCUCCCAAGGAUGACUUGACCGAGACCAACCUCGAACAGAUUCCCGAUAUUUCCGCUCCUGCACCUACUGCGACUGCUGCCAGCACUGCCGGUAGCGCCUUUGACCCCGCUGCUGCGGCAACUGCCACUCCCUCCCGUGCUCCCCCAGCUACUCUGCCAGGUAGCGGCCUGAAGCAGACCAGCCGUGCCCCUGGCUUCCAGCGUCGUGUGAUGGAGCAGCAACAGGCUGUUGUGAUGCCCGGGAACCACGCCGUGGACCGUGCCGCUGUGCAAUUCGGUAGCAUGGGCUUGAACGGUGACGCUGUGGAUAUUGAUGAGAACCGUGAGGAGGCUGAGACCCGCGCUCAACCUCCUCAGCACUCCCCCGUUGCCCCUCGUGCCUCCCUUCCUCCUGCGAUCCAGGGUGCCGGCGAGACUCGCCCUGCCCCAGGUCUUCCUCCAGUUCCUCAGGCAUCUGCCGAGACCUUCAACGACUUCGCUCGCUACUCCUCCGAGACCCAGAAGCCCUUCGACCCCUUCACCCAGCAAGUCGGCCAGCCCCAGCCGCAGAUCCAAGAGCCAUUCGCCAACCAAGCUCCGGCUCAGCCUACUGCCACCACUGGCAGCGAAUACUCUCCCUUCUAUGCUGUUGACCAGCAGCGAUUCCCUUACAACUACUACGGCAGCUACGGCCAGUCCCAGGAUGCCAAUGCCGCCCCCCGUGGUGCUGGUUUCGGUGGUGUCUCCGCCGCUGAAGCCCAGCCCCAGAUCCCUACCACUCAGCCUGCCGGUCGCUAUGGCCCCGUUGAUGCCACCAACAGUGGUCACAACACUCCCAACCCGACUCUCCCUGGUGCCACUCAGACCCCUGCGGCUCAGCACAUGCCCGGUCAGCAGAGUGCCCACGGCUAUGGUUACGGCUAUCCUUACUACUCCAACCCCCACUAUGCUUCGUACAUGAACCAGAUGGGCCAGCACGCCGGUGCUGCCUAUGGCCGAUCCGGUCGUCCUUACGAUGAUGCCCGCCGUUAUGAUGAGCAGCAACACUACGGCAUGCCCCACACCUCCCAGUACGGUUAUGGUAACCAGUAUGGUCCCUACGGUGGUGCCGGUGGCAAGGGUGGAAUGUACGGCCAGCCUCACGGUUUCUCCUACGAUCACACUUCUUCCCCCGCCAACGCUGCUGCUAGCAGCUUCAACCAAAGCGCCCCCGGUCGUGACUCGGUGUACGGCCGCACUGGCUCCACUCAGCCUUCCGAUACCCAGCAGACUGCUGCGGGCUCCAAUGCCUUCGGUAGCGGUAUGUCGGACGUCUUCGGACGGUCCCAGGCUGGCUUUGGCCAGAACCCUCCCGUUGCCCAGCAACCCCCUGUGACCGCCGAGGAGUCCAAGGGCUUCGAUGCGUCCAAGACCGGCGGCCCCUCCCCGUCUCUUGCUCAGGCCAACCGUCCCGGCUCUGCCACCAACACCCCUGGUCAGGCUCAGACUCAGUCUGGUCUUCCCCCUCUGCAGGGCCAGCAGGGCCAGCAGGGCUUCAGCGGCUACCCCCACCUGAACCCUCAGUACGGCGGUCUCGGUGGCCUUGGUGGUCACCAGGGUGCUGCUUCGCAGACUCACCAGCAGCAGCAGCAGCAACAGCAGCAGCAGCAGACUGGCUACGGGAACUACGGUGCAGGCUUCGGUAACUACUACGGCAACACCGGCCGCGGCAACGGUGGCUGGGGUGGUAACUACGGCCACUAGAACUGAUGAGAAUCCUCCCAUUCUUCCAUCCUGUUACCUUUCCCCGCCUCUCACAAACACACAUAUGGCGUUGCAUUUGCAGGUGAGAUGAGAAGAUACAAGGGGAGGCAUGCGUUUGUCUUCUGUCUUGUCUUUGACAUCAUCGAGGCAGGAUAACCACACUCCUUAUAAUACUCGUUUGACUCGGGCCAGACAAGAAAAGCAGAUCAUGAACAACCCCUUGAGAUUUCUUUUCAUCUUUUCUUUCCUCAACAUUUGUGUAAUCUUUCCUCUCUUCUGGGAGCUUUUGGGCUGGGCUUGGGAAUCGAGUCUUCGUUAUGUUCUUUUUUUUUCCUGCUCUCCUGGUCUUUUCAUUCAUAUUCUCGCGUCUUGCUUUUUUUACACCUGCUCCUCCUCCCUCCUCUUUCUUUUUGCUCCCACUACAUCCUCCCGAUGUAGUCUGUAUUAAAUCCACCAAUUCUCCCCUUGGGAUGAUGUUUUCUCCUUUAUUUUUAUUUUUGCCCUCUAUGUUUCCCGCUUUUUCCCGCUUUUUUUCUGUUCCUGUUACUUCCAAACCUAGCUGAUGAGGUGUCAAUUUGGGUCCGGGGGUGUCAUUUUGUGAUUAUCAUUUCCUAUCCUCUUUACCGUGUUGCAAUAUCGGUUAUAUGAUUGCGCUGGAUCGGGUCAAGAGGAAAAUCGUGAUGGACACUGCUUGGGUGGGUUUUACGGGGUCGGCUAACGGCUAAAAGUGUGAUGAGUUAUGUACGCACCUAUACAAAUCAGAUAUUCCAGGACCAUAUUUG